AUGGUUGAUGCCAGACGUGUUCAAUUGAGGAAGCCAAACCCAUACAACACCAAGUCCAACAAGCGUCGUGUCAUCAAGACCCCAGGUGGACAAUUGCGCUACUUGCACAUCCACAAGAAGCCAACCGUUCCAAAGUGUGGUGACUGUGGUUUAGCUCUCUCAGGUGUUCCAGCUCUCCGUCCAAGAGGCUACGCAACCAUCUCUAAGCGCCAAAAGUCCGUCACUCGUGCUUAUGGUGGUAGCCGUUGCGCUCACUGCGUCCGUGAAAGAAUCGUACGUGCAUUCUUGGUUGAGGAGGCCAAGAUCGUCAAGAAGGUCAUCAAGAGCCAAACUGCUAAGUAA